UCUCCAUCUUCGUUCUUCACCUAGUUUGCAGAUUGCUCUGCACAUAGCUUCUACUUUACCAACCCUAGAAUCUCUGUGUCUGUCUUAAUUCAUAUUUUACCUGCAUAGACCGGCGGUUCGUUGUCUUCCUCAACUGAACUGGACCGAGUUCACGACUCUGUGUUGUAUUGUUCUCUUGGCGUGGUGGAGGUCCAACAUUAAGCUUCCUUCUUUCAAUUGCACGGAGGCUGUUUGUGAAAAUGUCUAGCUGAGAGACUGAUCCCCAUCCCCGCGGGUAUCUGAGGACUUUGAAAGAUGACGCCGCCGAAUUUCAGAACAAUUUCGUACAGUGCGAGGCUUGUUUCGAGAAGUAACUACUGGCCGACUUUUAUCAGACACUCUUCUGUGUCGACUGGAACAGAGCUUCCCAGGAAGCUAAAAAGAUGUGAAAGGAAGCCUUGGGUUACGAGUGUGAAUGAGCUCAAGCGGAAAGCGAGGCUAGAGAGGGAAGAGAAACAGUCGGCGCGCGAACAAAUUUUGCGACCGCCUGAGAAUGGGCUGUUGGUUAAAGAACUGAUCCCUGUUGCUCAUCAAGUUUAUGCUGCCAGAGCUGAAUUGUUGGGUUGCGUCUCAAAGGUUGCCAAGAACAUAGCUUUAUACUCAUGCAGUGUUUGUGGAGAAGCUCAUGUAGGCCAUACUCCUCACAAAAUCAGGACUUGUGAUGGAGUGGGCAGCCUGAAUAACAAGGAGCACAGAUGGAUGAAGGGAGGUAUUGACCAUAUUUUGCCCCUGGUCGAAUCUUUCCAUCUGUAUGACAGACUUGGAAGAGCUGUGUCCCAUAACGAGCAGCUCAUAGUUGACCGGAUUCCGGCAGUUGUGGAACUGUGUAUCCAAGGUGGUGUCAACAUACCAGAGUACCCAACAAGAAGAAGGGUCUUCCCUGCGUAUAGUGUUGCUGGUAGAAUUAUAGAUUUCGAGCGCAGGUUCCCCAAAGAAGAAGACACACCAGGAAAAGACAUCAAUACUAGUGGAUUUUGGGAGAAGAGGAAGAACCCAGUUGAGGGGACCGAGUCUGCAGACGCUAAUGUUGUCAAUUUACGAGAGGUUGCGAUUCGGGGAAUGGAAUCAUGGGAGGUAAUGCGAUCAGGGAUCCAGAAACUAAUGAGUAAGUAUGCAGUUCAUACGUGUGGAUAUUGCCCUGAAGUUCAAGUUGGUCCCAAGGGUCAUAGAGUAAGAAACUGCCAAGCAUUCAAGCACCAGAUGAGGGAUGGUCAGCAUGCAUGGCAAGAGGCAACUGUUGAUGAUUUGGCUCCCCCAGUCUAUGUAUGGCACGUUCGUGAUCUCAGUAGUCGCGAGCCACUGGUAAAUGAUCUGCGGAGGUACUAUGGCAUGUUGCCCGCUGUGGUGGAACUUUUCGCUCAGGCUGGUGCAAGAGUGAGUGGGGAUUACGCUAGUUUGAUGAGGGAAGAUAUUGCAGUGCCUGAACUUGAAGAAAUGAAGUUAGCAGUUUGA